GCCCGCUCCGCGCCGGCGUGGGGGUUGUGAGCGUGUCUCGGUCCUCCCGUGCACAGUGUCCAUUCUCCCCCACGCGGGGGGCGGCCGGCCACACCCGCAGACAGACAGCCGCAGACCGCCAGGGGGCGGGGGAUGCCGGGCUGCCGCAUCAGCGCCUGCGGCCCGGGGGCCCAGGAAGGGACGGCCGAGCCGGGGUCACCGCCGCCGCCCCGGGAGCCCCUGCCGUCCCCUCAGCCCCCAACUCCGACCUUGACCCCAACCCCGGCUCCGCCGCGGCUCGAGGCGGCCACGGCCGAGGGGCAGGAGCUGCAGCGCUGGCGCCAGGGCGCUAGCGGGGGAGCGGGGAUCACCGGGCAGGCAGGGGGCGCGGGCGGCGGCCCGGGCGCAGCGGCGGGGACCGGGAGCCGCGCGCUAGAGCUGGCCGAAGCGCGGCGGCGGCUGCUGGAGGUGGAGGGCCGCCGGCGCCUGGUGUCGGAGCUGGAGAGCCGCGUGCUGCAGCUGCACCGCGUCUUCCUGGCGGCCGAGCUGCGCCUGGCGCACCGCGCCGAGAGCCUGGGCCGCCUGGGCGGCGGCGUGGCGCAGGCCGAGCUCUACCUGGCGGCGCACGGACCGCGCCUCAAAAAGGGCCCGCGCCGGGGCCGCCGCGCCCGCCCGCCGGCGCUGCUCGCCUCCGCGUUCGGCCUAGGUGGCUGCGUGCCCUGGGGUGCUGGACGCCUGCGGCGCGGUCACGGCCCCGAGCCGGACUCGCCCUUCCGUCGCAGCCCGCCUCCCCGCGGCCCCGCCUCCCCCCAGCGCUGACCCCCGCGUCCUGACCCCAGCCACCCCGGGCAGGACAUCGCCGAGGUGCCGACCAAGUGAUGGUGGACCGCCGACCUGGUGGACAGCGUCACCGGCGCGCAUGGACGGACAGGUGGACCGUAGGAAGAGACCGCCGGGGGGCCGAGGGCCCGGUAAAGGAGGCUGAGCUUCUCGAAGCCUCUGCUCUAUGGAUCUGGAUUCCAGGAUUCUGCUCCUCCCCUGGGCACCUCCUUCAGGAACCCUCCUCGAAUUGACCCCACACAACCUCGGCGCCCCCCUCACUUCACAGAAGCAGAGGAGGCUCUGCUUUCCGGUGGCAGGGGGCUGCAUCCCGGGGAAGCUGCCUGUCCUGUGAAUUGCUCUCUCUGUGCCACUUUUGACUUUGGCUUACACUGUACAAUUGGAGAUGUUACAACAGGUCUCUGAGAUGUGUUCAGAUUAAGAGUACAGUAGAUAUUUCCAAUGUGAAAAUGAAAAGAAUUUCUUUAAAAAAUACAUGCUUCUUAAACAAGUUACAGCAUAGCUGGAGCCCUCAUUUUGGUAGAUGUCAUUGCUUCUGUCUAACAGCCAGGAGGGAAAACUUUGGUUUGAGAGAUCCCUCAGCUUCCCUCAACCACUGUCCUUGCUCUCCCCUCAUGGAAUCCUGCCUGUGACCCCUCAGAAAGACAAUCAGCUGCUGGCUUCUGAGUUUUCAGAAAGAAGUGGUGGCAACCCAAAAAGUCUCAGCAAAGUUCUGAAUGAGAAAGGGAAGCACAUUUAUUCAAAUAUCCAGAUGCUAGAGAAAGGUAAGGCACAUUUACUCACACACAACCCCGGACUUGUAGAAUUCUGCAAAGUGAUUGUAUACCAGUCUCCUGAGUUAAUUCAGGAAGAAUAAAUUCCAAAAAUGUGAGGCA